AUGGUUAAAAUUGCAAUUAUAACAUAUUCGACGUACGGUCACAUCAACACAUUAUCUAAAGCUAUCAAGGGUGGGAUUGAAGCCGCUGGAGGAGCUGCUGUCAUAUAUAGGGUUGAGGAAACUUUACCAGAGGAUGUAUUACAAAAAAUGAAUGCGCCUGCUAAGCCUAGUAAUAUUCCUGUUGCCAACAAGGAAACUUUGGAAAGCUAUGAUGCCUUUCUUUUUGGAAUCCCUACAAGAUAUGGUAAUAUUCCUGCUCAAUGGUCCGCAUUUUGGGAUAGAACCGGUGGACUGUGGGUCAAUGGUACGCUAAAUGGCAAAGCUGUUGGUUUUUUUGUAAGUACAGCAAGUUAUGGUGGUGGACAAGAAAGUACCAUACAAGAGUGUUUGUCUUACGUAGUUCAUCAUGGUAUGAUUUACAUUCCAUUGGGUUACAAAAAUGUCUUUGCUGAAUUAGCAAACAUCGAAGAAAUUCAUGGUGGGUCAGCUUGGGGUUCUGGUACAUUAGCUGCAUCAGAUGGUUCGAGAACAGCCUCCAAUUUGGAGCUAAGAAUAGCGAAGAUUCAGGGUAAAACGUUCUACCAAACUGUACAAAAAUUGUAUGGAGGUACAUCUACAGUACCUUCAGGUGAAGCAGCCGCUACAACUACAUCCAGUGCACCUGCCGAAGGAGGUACAGCUGUUUCAACUGUAAAUGAACCAAAAAACAGAACCCAGGCUGCUCAAAGGCAGACUAGGCCUGGUGAGACGACAAAGGAAAACAAAAAAGCUUCAGAUUGCUGUAUAAUUACGUGA